UUAUCAGUCUUAAAUUCCACAGACAGGAUGUUGUUUUCGAUUUCUUACGGGUAAAAACAAAAUCCGGAAUAACAAUUUUGCCUAUAUUUACGAAAUUAUGCACGUAUCGUUGUUUUCAUAAAACGUAGUGAAUAGCCUAUUAAAAAAAUGAUUCGUGUCACCUUUAUUCAUACAGUGUGUGUUUAGCGUGGAGUGCAAGAUGGAAAAUCGACCAUCAUACAGGCAGACAGUGGCUGGAAAGGGCUCAACCAGCCACCACAAGUCAUCUGUAGCAGCCAAGCAGCCACACAAGAAGCGAGUGUUCUCAACAUGUGCGGCCUUAGAUGGUGAAAUGUUGAAGAGGCUCAUCCAAAAAGAUGAGCAGCGGAGGAUCCAGGAGCAGCGAAACUCUAGAAAAGGUUGGCUGAGGGCAUGGGGUGCUCUGCAGGACUGGAUGCAUCAGCUGUUCAGGAUCAUUGUGGCCUUCACAGAAGACCCCAUGUUUGACAAGUUCAUCCUGUUUGUGGUGGUGCUCAACACAGGGACCCUGGUGGCCCAGACAUUUGAAAGUGUGACUGUGAGAGGAGGGUGGUUCUUCUCAGCUUUGGAUUCCGCUUUUCUGGCAAUCUAUUUAAUGGAAUGUGUGCUGAAAUUGCUUGUCUGGGGUCGACUCUACUUCAAAAACCCCUGGAAUGACCUGGACUUUUUCAUCAUUACGAUGAGCCUCAUUGACUUCCUGCUGCCACUCAUUGAGUCUACAGGGAACUUCAGUGGAGGUCAGGCAUCCACAAUCUUCCGCAUCCUCAAGCUCUUCAAAGGGGUCCGGGCCAUCCGAGCGUUCCGGGUCUUGCGUACCAUCCGCUUUCUCCAAAAUCUCCAGUCCAUCGUGUCCACCUGUCUCCAGUCUCUCCAGUCAAUGGGGGCCAUCAUCAUCCUCAUGUUCACAUUCCUCUUCAUGUUUGCUGUCAUUUUCCGAGAGAUGUUCAACGAGUCUGACCCGCAUCGCUUUGGCAACAUGUUUCGGACAAUUUUCACUCUGUUCCAGCUACUCACGCUGGAUGACUGGGCUUUCAUCUACUCUACCAGCCGAGACAACGGUGCACCUCAUAUUAUCAUCUUCCUUGUCCUGUACAUUGUGGUGGAAUACUUCACUUUCCUCAAUCUAUUCAUUGCUGUCCUCGUCGACAACUUCCAGAUGACAAUCAAGAGACGGAUGGCGUCAAAGAUCCAAAAGUUCCAGGAUAUAUAUGAGAGUGAGAUGCAGUCAAUGAAGAAAUUAGAGCCCCAGCCCAUUGAACCACAGACCGAUGAGGAGUUCUAUGAAGAGGCCCUGAAAUUGACCUAUAGUGAAAAUAAGUAUGGAAAGAGGGAGAUAGAGCUGAUCACCAGCUACCUCAGACUGCUGGCAUCCAUAGAUCAGAACCAGCAGACGUUCCGCUCCCAGGGCUGUGUUCUGGAGCGCCUCAUUGACACCUUCUUUGAGGCAACAGAGGAGGACAGUCAGGGGAAUGACCACGAAUAGGGAAAUAACAAGGGUCAAACUUAGUAAAGAAACCCUUAUUUCUUUCUCCAGAUCAGUGAUGGCAACUCAGAUUUGAUCCUUUGAGAACUCAUUAAAGUCAUGAAACCCAGUAAAAGUGUCCUAGUUUAUUAGAUAUGUGUAAAUCCAUCUCGAGGCUUUUAUAUAAAGCUCAUGUUUGUUAGAUUUAUAACCUUUCAGUGUUCCCAAUUUUUUUUAAAUCACCCAUUCCCCCACUCUAAACCACUUACAAACCCAUACACUGUUCAGAUAAUACAAUUGAGAAAACAAGUCAAUGUUGAAUUUGCACUUAAAUAUGAAGGGAAAUAACUAAAUAUUAGCGACAACACAAAAAAGUAUGAAUCAUUCGUUACAAAUUCCUAAUACACACAAAUGUACAGCAAAUAGUAAUUAAAUUAAA